GAGCAAAACUCGACAACCACCAAAGCACAGGAAACGAAAUGUCUAGAGGUGACAAAUGACUGCUUAUUAUCAUUUCUAAACCGUUCGAUCAAGGAGUCGACGCGUAGCUCAAACUAUGGAACUCCUUCGGAUUGCUUGACCAAACUGCGCAAAGCGCUUGAUAAAAACGAUAAAAAGGAAAUCAAGAAAAUUAUCCGCAUGCCAGCGAGCUUUGCCAGGAAAGUGGUUCCAAGUUUGAGUAAAGGUCAUGUAACGCAGUUUAUUGAUGUCCUUGAUGAAAUUGUGGUGGAAAACCCUCGUAAGGGAAUUGAAGGAGCGAAUUGGAUUCACUCACUACUUUAUGUUCACGGGAACUAUUUAGAUUCGCUUCCAGAUUUGAAGGUGAAGUUGAUGAAUUUGCAGCGACUUGUCUCUACACAUUCCGUCAUUUAUAUGCAAUUACAAAAGAUUGCAGGUCGUGUGGAGUUGCUCACCCGACUUUCUAAUACAGAUUAUCAUGAUGAAUCAAACGUGGAUGUUACAGGAAUGGGUGAAUCGGAUGAAGUUGUGGAGUCGGCGGUUCUGUCAGAAGAUGAAUAGGAUUUUUUAGAGUAAUCAGUUCUUUU